UGACCGUAUUUUUGGUGUCAUAAACAAAGUGAAAACCCGGGGAUUCAACUUCAGUUCAGUUUUCUUCGACGAACGAGAAGGGGAUACUGAACCAGCCAUGCUUCCCGACAUGCCAGAAGAAACGCAGAAACACGACGGUUACCUUAUUUAUCAGUCCUCAGUUCACUAUGAGUACAGGAAGCCCACACCGAGUUCCUGGCAUUAUGGACCUCCUCCAUAUUCAAGACACACUCCAGUGACUCAGGCCCAACUUCUGACGCAACUUCCUUAUCACGCCCAUCGAAGAGGCCUCGUUCGAAGGGAAGAAGACGAAGAACCCGUAUGUGGAAUUCGAUCAACGUUCAUCUCACCGAAAGCCGCGCUCAGUGACAAGUCAGAGUGGAAAUUCAUCGUUAAUGUGGCGGAGCGUGAUUCUCGUUUUAGGCAGGUCGUCAGGGUCGACAUUUGCAGCUCCCCUGAUGAAAGUUGCUCCAGCCAGAUCAGCUUGCCCUUUGGUUACACCAGUCGCUGCAAACAGAAAUUCAUCAAGAAGAAACUUCUGUCUCUUGAUGCUGACGGACAAGGAACGUCUGAAGAAAACUUUUUUGUUCCAUCUUGCUGUGUUUGUAAAAUUUCCAGAAAUAAUGAGAAGUAAGACUUCUGAUGUAUUGUUGAUUUCCCGGAUGAAGUGUCCCCCAGUGUUCCUAUGGGCAGGGACUAGUCAUUGCCUUACAGUAUUGUCUGAAAUGAGAGAUACCUAACUAUAUAAUUUCCUUCACGAAGCAAGUGUCUUCCCCCCUCCCUUCCGAAAAAAUACACAUCCCUUAAAUACGGACUUUGUUAUUUCGAGGACAAACCAAGAAUCCUUCUUGUUUCUUAAUCUCUAGCUUGCCAU